GUCAUUUAAAAACCAUGUGAGAAAAUCAUGGCUUGCUGCGCCGCUCCCCACUCUCAGCCCCGUGCCUCGCUCCUCUCCGAACAUGGCAAAAAUAUCCAGCCCUACAGAGACUGAACAGUGCAUUGAGUUUCUGAUUGCUGUUUUCCAAAAGCAUGCCGGAAGGGACGGUAACAAGAGCAAACUCUCCAAGGCCGAGUUCCUUAUCUUCAUGAAUACAGAGCUGGGUGCCUUCACAAAGAACCAGAAGGACCCUAGUGUCCUUGACCGCAUGAUGAAGAAACUGGACCUCGACUCUGAUGGGCAGCUAGAUUUCCGAGAAUUUCUUAAUCGUAUUGGUGGCCUGGCCGUAGCUUGCCAUGACUCCUUUGUUAAGUCUACCUCCUCCCAGAGGAAAAUCAGAGGAGCCUUUGGGCCUGGGCUGCGGCCCCACCCCCUUUCCUUCAGCCUCCCAUGUAUCAUCUACCCCUCACAGCCCACACAUACCCUGAGCCAGGCACACCCACCACCCCAUGCAGGCCACUCCUGCUGGUAGUAAUAAAACAAUAUUGUUUUUUAAAGCCCACACUGGAGAGUCAGUAAAUUCGUGCAAGGGAGGGAGAUGACAGGGAGGAAUAUAAAUUGGAUGGAUGGAAACAGUAACCAGAAGUUGCAAAGUAAAGAGUAAAAAUGCAUCUUGGGUGUAUACAUAAUCAUGACUAAUGAUAGCAACAUUAUCAUCUCUAAAUUACUCAAACUGAUGGAGAGACGUCACUUAUUGUUCACUCAUUAAAUGUCUAUACACCCCUACUAUGGGCACUGUCAUACACUCUGAGGAUACAGCAAUACAGACAAGGUCCUGCCUUCACUGAGGUUACCUUCUAGUGUGUGUGUGUGUGUGUGGAACAAUAAGUGAAUAAAGAACUAUGAGAGUGAAAAAAAAACACUUAAGAAAAUCGGUAAAUAGUGCAUAGCAGCACUCUCCAAUACACACAACGUAAGCCCCAUUGGUACCUUUUAAAUAUAUUGUAAUAGUCCCAUUUAAAAAGAAGAAACAGGUGAAAUUAGUUUACUAUUUGUCCCUAU